GCGGGGACACAGCCAGCCAAUCCCCGGGCAGGACUGCAGCACAGUUGGCGUACACGCCUGUGAACAAUGGCCGAGUCGGGAGAGGAGCAGGCUUCUGCGCUCAAAUCCUUCCUCUUAACUUAUUUAAUGCCAGAAAAGUGUUACGAGCGGUUCUUCCUCCGCCUGGACUUCGCUCACGUGCCGUGUGUGAAGGUGGUUCUGAGUAAAGUUCUGGGGUUCUGGAUGGUGGGAACUCUGCUGGCUCCUUUGCCCCAGAUAUGGAGGAUUUUUCGGGCGGGCAGUUCUGACGGCCUCAGUCUGGUGUCUGCGCUGCUGGACUUGCUGGUCGUUUCUGCUCAUGUCGCUUUCUGCGUCCACCACAACUUCCCCAUCGGAGCGUGGGGUGAGAGUGUGUGGGUACUUGUUCAGCUUGCUCUCCUGGUGUUCCUCAUCCAGCACUACAGAGAAGAUAGUAUUAAAGGUGCCGUUUCUCUCGCUGCUUACUCGGCGUUUAUGUACCUGCUGACGUCACCUUUGACCCCUCGGGCAGUCGUGAAGGCGAUGUAUGAGUGGAAAGUGCUGAUCGUCAUCGCUAGUCGACUGGUGCAGGUGGGCUGUAAUCAGAGCGCCGGAUCUACAGGACAGAUAUCAGCACUGAGUGUGUUCCUGCUGUGUAUGGGCUCCAUAGGGCUCACACACACAUCCAUACAGGACUCUGGUCAUUCUCUUCACUCUCAGGCGUGUGUUUUGUCUUCCUGCUGUUCUGCACUGCUCCUGCUCCAGGUUCUGCUGUUCCGGAACCAUCAGUUGGAUGGAGAGAGACAGAGGGAUGGAGGGAGAGAGAGACGGAGGGAUAGAGAGAGGGAGAAAAAGAAGGAGGAGUAGAGGAGAAAGAUGAAUGUAGUGGUUUCAUUGCUGCAUUAUGAACAGGCAACAAACCGAUAUCCCAUUAACCCACCUGGCUGCAGUACAGGGCUUCGACCACCAGGGGCUCCAGCAUCUCUUUCUGCGGUUUUGCGUUUCAGACUUACAGUUUUUAAGCUACAGCGUUGGACCAACCGGGACUCCGAGACACUGAAGCUCAGUCUCCCCGUCUCGCACGAGAGGCUUAUUCAUGAUUCUCAGCUCUGCAGUUUUUAUGGGAUCAAACAAUUAACUUUUGUUUUAGUUUGGUCAAACUGUUUAGAAAAAUGAUGACAAAUGUGUUUUUCUAAUUACACGAAUACAUAAAGGGAGAAUUAGUGACUCA